CCCCCCACGGGCCAGUACUCUUCAUGUUCAGCCUCGGUCUAAUAUCUCACUCGUUUCCCAUUUCCAUCCAAUCUUCCUCAAAUGUUGGUGUUUCUCUCGGCCUCGACAUGUAGAUAUCCGGGCAGCUCGUCUUCGUUCUCUUAUAUUCCACUUUUAGACUCUAGUCGUUCAUAUCUGUACCCGCAACGGUUCUCCUGCCCUCGGUCACCAAGACGUUUAUCCUUCCGGUCUCUAUACUCGAACACUAGACAGUACUGCCAGCCAUCUUGCCCGAGAUUAGACAGAGUCCAUCAUUUCAGCGCCUCCCGCCGCUACCAAACGAUCAGUAGUCUUGUGAACCGGUUCAGAAACGUUACCCCCGCCAUGUCCGCGAAACAGAAGCCCAAGUUCGAAGUCAGAGGCUACAGCGAGCACAAGGCUCCCAAGCCGGCUUCUCCCUCGGCCAGCACCAUUCUCGUCUCCCCCAACAACGAGAUUCUCCUCCUCCACCGUGUCCAGACCUCCAGCGCAUUUCCCUCUGCGCAUGUCUUUCCCGGCGGCAACCUAGAACCCAGCGACGGGGAACUCCCGAGCGAUCCCAAAGAUGUGAACCGGCAUCUGGAAAACAGUGCCUACCGCACGGGCGCGAUCCGGGAGCUGUUCGAGGAGACGGGGAUAUUGUUGGCUCGCGAGUCCAAAACCGCAGAGUCGCUCCUCUCCGUCAGCACGGCGGUACGGAAAGCUGGGCGCGAGGCGGUGCACAAGGGCAAGAUCCCCUUCAAAUCCUGGCUCUCGUCCAUUUCGCCCAACGCGGUCCUAGACACCGACCGCCUUAUCCCUUUCACCCACUGGGUCACACCACCCAACGUACCCAAACGGUUCACCACACAGAUGUACAUCUACUUUGUCGAUCCCUCGGAGAAGGGCAACCCCAGCGUCCACGCCACAGCAGAUCAAAUCGAGACCAUGGCGCCCGAAUGGAGGACUGCGAGGGACUGGUUGAGCAUGGCGCGGAGUGGAGACAUCAUCUUGUUCCCGCCGCAGUUCUUGCUCCUCUACCUGGCCUCCGAGAUACUCGACGGGCCCGGUGAGAGCGAGGAAGACAUUCUGAGAAAGAGGGAGAUUCUGAAGAGACGGAUCGACACGGAAGGGAAACCGGUGCCAUGGAAGGACAAGUUUAUUUCUCCCAUUGGCAUGAGCUUCGGCGAGGAUGGCCGAAGUGUCCUUGCGCUGGAUAAACCCGGUCCCGAGUUGAAAGGUUCGGAGUUGAAGGGAGACGACGAGUAUGUUGUUCUCGUCAAAUUCAACAAGGAGGGACCGAGGGACGUGGAGAUUGGUCUGAGAAAGGACGUCUUGAGGCAAAGGAGGGAAAAGGGAAUAGAAAAGGCGAGUAAGAUAUAGAAUCAUAUACAGAGAUGUUAUUGCGUUCUGAAUUCAUGGCAUUUUAUCA